CACCAUGCAGGCGGCGGCGGCGUCCGUGCCCAUCUUGCUGCUCUGCGCCCUGGGGACCUGCCCCUUGGUGCGCGGCGGCCGGGCAGGAGACGCCUCGUUGACUGAGCUGGAGAGGAGGAACGAAAACGGCUUCCUGGAGCGCCAGAGCAUCGUGCCACUCCGGCUCCUCUAUCGCGCUGGCGACGAAGACGAAACAGGACACGACAAGCUUACCACGCGGGUGCGGGGCGACCCCCGCGGCGCUCAGUUGACUCAUGUUAACCAGGCAAGCUUCCAGGUCGAUGCCUUUGGAACAUCAUUUAUUCUUGAUGUCGUGCUAAACCAUGAUUUGCUGUCCUCUGAAUACAUAGAGAGACACAUUGAACAUGGAGGGAAGACGGUGGAAGUUAAAGGAGGAGAACACUGUUACUACCAGGGCCAUAUCCGAGGAAACCUGGCCUCAUUUGUUGCAUUGUCAACAUGCCAUGGACUUCAUGGGAUGUUCUAUGAUGGGAACCACACCUAUCUCAUUGAGCCAGAAGAAAAUGACACCUCCCAAGAGGAUUUCCGUUUUCACUCAGUUUACAAAUCCAGACUCUUUGAAUUUCCUUUGGAUGAUCUCCCCUCUGAGUUCCAACAAGUAAACAUCACUCCACCAAAAUUUAUUUUGAAGCCAAGACCAAAAAGGACUAAACGGCAGCUCCAUCGCCAUCCUCGAAAUGUAGAGGAGGAAACCAAAUAUAUUGAACUGAUGAUUGUGAACGAUCAUCUCAUGUUUAAAAAACAUCGGCUUUCAGUUGUACAUACCAAUACAUAUGCGAAAUCUGUGGUGAACAUGGCGGAUUUAAUAUAUAAAGACCAACUUAAGACAAGGAUAGUAUUGGUUGCCAUGGAAACCUGGGCAGCUGACAACAAGUUUGCCAUAUCUGAAAAUCCAUUGAUCACCCUACGUGAGUUUAUGAAAUACAGGAGGGAUUUUAUCAAAGAGAAAAGUGACGCAGUUCACCUUUUUUCGGGAAGUCAAUUUGAGAGUAGCCGGAGCGGGGCAGCUUAUAUUGGUGGGAUUUGCUCGUUGCUGAAAGGAGGAGGCGUGAAUGAAUUUGGGAAAACUGAUUUAAUGGCAGUUACACUUGCCCAGUCAUUAGCCCAUAAUAUUGGUAUUAUCUCAGACAAAAGAAAGUUAGCAAGUGGUGAGUGUAAAUGUGAGGACACAUGGUCUGGAUGCAUAAUGGGAGACACCGGCUACUAUCUUCCUAAGAAGUUUACCCAGUGUAAUGUUGAAGAGUAUCAUGACUUCCUGAAUAGUGGAGGUGGAGCCUGCCUUUUCAACAAACCUUCUAAGCUUCUCGAUCCUCCUGAGUGUGGUAAUGGCUUCAUUGAAACUGGAGAGGAGUGUGACUGCGGGACCCCGGCAGAAUGUGUCCUCGAAGGAGCAGAGUGUUGUAAGAAAUGCACCUUGACUCAAGACUCUCAGUGCAGUGAUGGUCUUUGUUGUAAAAAGUGCAAGUUUCAGCCUAUGGGGACUGUGUGCCGAGAAGCAGUAAAUGAUUGUGAUAUUCGUGAAUCAUGCUCAGGAAACUCAAGCCAGUGUGCCCCAAAUAUUCAUAAAAUGGAUGGAUAUUCAUGUGAUGGUGUUCAGGGGAUUUGCUUUGGAGGAAGAUGCAAAACCAGGGAUAGACAAUGCAAAUACAUCUGGGGGCAAAAGGUGAUGGCAUCAGACAAAUACUGCUAUGAGAAACUGAACAUUGAAGGGACCGAGAAGGGCAACUGUGGGAGAGACAAAGACACAUGGAUACAGUGCAACAAACGGGAUGUGCUCUGUGGCUACCUUUUGUGUACCAAUAUUGGCAAUAUCCCACGGCUUGGAGAACUCGAUGGUGAAAUCACAUCUACUUUAGUUGUGCAGCAGGGAAGAACAUUAAACUGCAGUGGUGGGCAUGUUAAGCUUGAAGAAGAUGUAGAUCUUGGCUAUGUGGAAGAUGGGACACCUUGUGGUCCCCGAAUGAUGUGCUUAGAACACAGGUGUCUCCCUGUGGCCUCCUUCAACUUCAGUACUUGCUUAAGCAAUAAAGAAGGCAUUGUUUGUUCAGGAAAUGGAGUUUGCAGUAAUGAGCUGAAGUGUGUGUGUAACAGGCACUGGACCGGUGCUGACUGCAGCACUUACUUCCCUCUCAACGAUGAGGAAAAGACUGGUAUAACUCUGUCUGGUAACGGUGUUGCUGGUACCAAUAUCAUAAUAGGCAUAAUUGCUGGCACCAUUUUAGUGUUGGCCCUCAUAUUAGGAAUGACUGCAUGGGGUUAUAAAAACUAUCGAGAACAGAGACAGUUACCCCAGGGAGAUUAUGUAAAAAAGCCUGGAGAUGGCGACUCUUUUUAUAGCGACAUUCCUCCUGGAGUCAGCACAAACUCAGCAUCUAGUUCUAAGAAGAGGUCUGCUUUUCUGUCGCAUUUUCAGAUUUCUACCUGUUCCAUCACACAUUAUUCCAUUAGUCAGAACAUUUCAUUAUUUUGCAGCAGGUCAAACGGACUCUCUCAUUCUUGGAGUGAAAGGAUUCCAGACACAAAGCAUACAGACAUCUGUGAAAAUGGGCGACCUCGAAGUAACUCUUGGCAAGGUAAUGUGGGAGGCAACAGAAAGAAAAUCAGAGGCAAAAGAUUUAGACCUCGGUCUAAUUCCACUGAGCAUCUCCGCAACUGUGCCCAAAGCAAUAUUCACUGACAGCGUGGGGUCUGGCCCUCGCUGCAGGCUUUUUGCUCCAGUUCCCUGCCAUUGUGGUGUCUUGGUUGCGUUUGAAGGGAAUUUUGAUAACAUUCCUUUCUUCUCAUCCCCUGGGGUCCAGCCAUUUCAGAGGGGUCACCCUUCCUCUCCCCAAUAGUCACACAGCCUAGAAGCAUCGGGGGAAAUUCCCACCGUCCUAGAGCAUGAUGCUGCUCACAGGGGGACACCGCCUCUCCCGGGCUUCCUGGCAGCACGCUAAGCAUUCUCUCAGACUAAUGGAAUUCCUUUCCCUUUUAAAUUUUUCCUCCCGGGACCUUUAUAAGGGCAUUUACCUAAACUUGCUCUUUAACGGAAUCAUUGUCACUAAAUGCAACACUAUCCAUUUUGAAGGAUAGCCACAUUUUUUUUUUUUAGAGUGGGGAUGGGAUCUGAAGUUACAUUUAAGUCAUUUAUAAUGAGUUAAACACAUUUUUGUGUUUGCUUGUUUCUCCACUGAAUAAAGUACAAGCAAAACUAAGCUUCCCCAAACCCCAUGGAAUAAAACACCUGGCCCUGCUUCUGGAUUUUGCCACCUGGUUUUAAUUAACCAUGUUUUUUUGAUCCAUUUUAAAUUUUUUUUUUGUACUAAUAUCUCAGUUCAGUGCUAGUUCUUCCUCCCAGGAUCUCUGUUGCUUCUUUAUGACUUCAAUAUUUUAAAAAAUCUGAAUAGCAGGUAUUGGUUAACUGCUUCUCAGAAACUUAUGUUAGCUUUCCCAUCGUAUACCCUGCCUUUUUCAGUCCAGGACAAUAACAUUGCCCUGAAAUUCGGACCUUCCUGCUGAUGGUAUUGUCUUGUAAGUGGCUUGUCGAAGUUUACUAGAGGAUAUUUUACCAUAGAAACAAUAGAUAGGUUCAAGUGAUACCAUUGCAUGGCCCAGAAUGGCAUCAUAGAACUCCAUCAUAAAUAACUAAUCUGUUAGAGUUUAUCUUAUACAUCCCCAAAGUGCUUGGAUGCUUUAGGACUCAUUGUGGAUAAACUCUUCUUGGAAUGUUGUUUGAUUUAUUUUGCAUGAGGUCACCUGGUGAAGGGCUCCUUAACUUAUCCCAGUGGCUCACAGAAGUAUAGAUGAAAUUGCAAAAUGUUCUUCAGAACUUCCUACUGUUUAGUUUUCUAACAGUAUUUCAUAUAACAAUGCUUUGAAAACUCAAGUGACUAAGAAAAAAAGAUCCAACAUUAUAUUAAAACUGUGAGUUUAGGACCCAAAGGAUACUUGGUGUUGAGCAAGAUUCAUAACAGUGUUUUUUAGAGCGAUCACUUAUUUUUACAAUUUUUUCUGUAAAAUUCCCACUCGCAUCAUAUGAUAAAUAUUAUGCUGCUAGCUUGCCCUUGAGAAAUCUUGCCUGUGAGAUAAUUCAGUUAUAACAUUUAAUAAGAGAUCAUAAUGGAAUUAUCUUUAUGAAGAAGAAAUAUAAAAGAUUCCCUCAGAGUUUUCAGACUUUCCAGAUUUGGGUUACAUGUCUCAUGUUACCUAAAUGGAGCCAAGUCUGUGAAGCUGACCACACACCUUAUUGUACAGGCACUAUACUGUAAAUAUUUUUUUCUUAGAAGGAAUACUAAUACAUAGCAUAUCAAGAAUGAUAUUGACAAGUUUUUUUAAUAUUUUCCAUAUUUGUUAAAUAAUCCCAUUUGCCUCUGAUAUAACAACAUCAUUUGUGUGACCGUAUGAGGAGCAGAAUGACCAUGGAAAAACACAUCUUUUUAAUUUUUUUAGACUAAGAGGUAUUACCAGAUCUGUUAUUUCAACAUUCCUUUUAGUAUCUCAUCAUCCCACAGGAUGAUGAAACAUUGGGACAGGAAUUAAAACAUGCACCACAAAUGCAUACUCUGCUAAUUAACAACACAAGAUAUCCUGGUUUAAUGUAUUGUUUCCCCCCCUGAAAGCUUUUGCAUCUUCCUCACUGUUGUACGUGAUGUUAAACCAGUUUUUGGCUUAGACUUUGUAUUAUAUAUUGUGUU